AUGGAGAUAAAAUGGGGAGCAUUUGAUCGUGCUCGUUCUUUAUACGAAAGAUUAUUAGAUAAGACACAACAUGUUAAUGCAUUUAAAGGAUAUUCUAAUUUUGAAUGGAAAAAAGCUGAACAACCAGAUAGAGCUAGACAGGUAUUAAAUAGAGGACUUGACGUAUGCAAGGCUAACGGAUGGGACGAAGAUCGUGCUGCAUUGUUGGAGCAUUGGUUACAAUUAGAAAGAGAAAAUGGUGAUCAACAAUCCAUUCAAAGAGUAUUCCGUCUUCUUCCUAAGAAAAUAAAGAAAAGAAAAACACAAAAAAAUGCUAAUGGUGUAGAGGAAGUCACAGAAACACUUACUUAUGUAUUCCCUGAUGAUGAAGGAUCUGCUGCAAAUCUUAAAAUCCUUCAAGCAGCAAAGAUGUGGAAGAAACGUCAACUCGAAGGACAAGUAUAA